AUGGUAAAGGUAAAUACCAUUAGUAGAUCCGAAUUGGAAUGGACAAAAGACCGAAAUGGAGAAGUUCCUCGGGUAAAUCGAAACUUUGAUACUAAAUAUAAUCCAAUGGCAAAACAAGUGGAAUUUACUCGUGCUAUUCGUGCUGCAAAACUUGAUCGUAUGUUUGCUAAACCAUUUCUUGGAGCUCUUUCAGGACAUCAGGACACUAUUCAAUCAAUAGCUGUAGAUUAUACUAGUUUAUCUACAGUAAUCAGUGGUGCAAUUGACGGAGGAAUGAUAGUUUGGGAUGUUUUUACAAAGCGUCCAAAAAGAAUUAUUGAUGCACAUCGUCAUUCCAUUGAUGGGAUUACUGUAUCACCUGAUGGUGUUGCCUGUUUUAGUGCUUCUCGCGAUAAAGUAAUUAAAAUGUGGGAUUUGGAUUUUUCAUCUGGAGAAAAUAAUAUUGAACCUUUAACUGAAUAUCUUGGUGAAUUUCCUUUUUCUUCAAUUGAUCAUCAUUUUCAAAAACCACUUUUUGUAACAUCUUCUGAUGUUAUUCAUCUUUGGGAUGUUAACAGAACUCAACCUCUUCAACGUUUUUCAUGGGGUGAUGAUACAAUUUCAUGCUGCCGUUUUAAUAAAGUUGAAACUAAUUUGGUCGCAUGUUGUAUGUCAGAUCGUGGUGUAUUUGUAUAUGAUACAAGAAGUCAAGCAGCUCAUUCUAAAGUUAUUUUAGAAAUGUGUUGUACAAGUCUUUCAUGGAAUCCAAUGGACCCUAAUACUUUUGUUACUGGAAGUGAUGAUCGAAACUGCUAUUUAUUUGAUAUGCGUCUUCUAGGAAGACCAAAAAGUGUUUUUCAAGGACAUAUAAAUGGUAUAACUUCUGUUGAUUUUUCUCCUACUGGAAAAAUGUUUGUCGCAGGAUCACUUGAUUCUACUAUUCGAAUGUGGGAUAUUCAUCAAACUACGAAAUCUAAUUCAAUUGAAAUGUAUCACACAAAACGUAUGGCUAAAGUUUUUUCUGUUAAAUGGUCUCCUGAUAAUAAUUAUAUUUAUAGUGGAAGUGAGGAUGCUAUUCUUCGAGUUUGGAAAUCAGAUGCAAGUAAACCCAUUCGUCCUUUACGUGGUCCUGAAAAGAAUAGCUUUAAUUAUAUGCGUUCUUUAAAAGAUAAAUACUCUGGUUUUGUGGAGGUUAAGAGAAUUGUUAACCAACGUAAUACACCUAAAGCAAUCAGUAGAGUUCAACGAAGAAGCAAAAAAGCAGAAAAACGAGAAGUUAUUAAGGAGGCAUCUCGUAGGAAGAGUGACGAUAUUAAACCCCUUGCUAAACGUAAGGUUUACCAAUCUCUUAAGUAA